AUGUAUAUGUACAUAAAUGAGUGCACAAGAAAACAUACAAGCAUAUAUAUUAGAACAUCUAUCUAUCUAUCUAUCUAUCUAUCUAUCUAUCUAUCUAUCUAUCUAUCUAUCUAUCUAUCGUCAUCUCUUCAUUAUCUAUCUAUCUAUCUAUCGUCAUCUCUUCAUUAUCUAUCUACCUAUCUAUCUAUUGUCUUCUCUUUAUCUAUCUAUCUAUCUAUCUAUCUAUCUAUCUAUCUAUCUAUCUAUCUAUCGUCAUCUCUUCAUUAUUUAUCUACCUAUCUAUCUAUUGUCUUCUCUUCUCUCUCUCUCUCUAUCUAUCUAUCUAUCUAUCUAUCUAUCUAUCUAUCUAUCUAUCUUCGUCUCUUCGUUAUCUAUCUAUCUAUCUAUCUAUCUAUCUAUCGUCAUCUCUUCAUUAUCUAUCUAUCUAUCUAUCUAUUGUCUCUUCGUUAUCUAUCUAUCUAUCUAUCUAUCUAUCUUCAUCUCUCUAUCUAUCGAUUUAUCUAUCUCUAUCUAUCUAUCUAUCUAUCUAUUCAUCUAUCUAACAUUAAUUUAGUACCCUCCCAUCAUUUCGCAUCAUUAAUCUAUCUAUCUAUCUAUCUAUCUAUCUAUCUAUCUAUCUAUCUAUCUAUCUAUCUAUUUCUAUCUAUCUAUCUAUCUAUCUAUCUAUCUAUCUAUCUAUCUAUCUAUCUAUCUAUCAUCAGUCUGUUCAUAUCUAUCUAUCUAUCUAUCUAUCUAUCUAUCUAUCUAUCUAUUUGCCCGUUCAUAUCUAUCUAUCUAUCUAUCUAUCUAUCUAUCUAUCUAUCUAUCUAUCUAUGUCUGUCAGCGUAUCGGUUUGUAAAUCUAUCUAUCUAUCUAUCUAUCUAUCUAUCUAUCUAUCUAUAG